CCCCACACGAAAGACUCGCCCGGCAACCGCAAUUCACCACAACACACCACAACACACCACAACACACCGCCAUGCCCCUUUCGCUUCCAAUCCGGGAAUCGGUCCGGGCCGGGGUUUCGAACCGGUGCGACUUCCCCUUGGUGGCGUCGCGGUCGGCCCUGCUGGUCAUCGACGUCCAGAGGCACUGCUGCGACACCGACCGGCCCGUCGUUCCCGACUACUACCGGGAGGAAUCCCUCCCGAGGAUGCUGGACAACGUCCGGUGCCUGCUGGAGGCCUUUCGGAAGAAGCGCGACGGGGAACCACCACCCGGGCCCGGCAGCAGCAGCAACAACAACAACAACCACCACAACAGCAGGAACAACCACGGGGCGUUUGGGGGACUGCUGGGUUCCUUCCGGCGAAACCGAGAUGGAGCCAGCAGCCGCGACAGCACCAGCGAGACGCCGAAAAAGCAGGCCUUUGGGGGGAUGUUCGAUUCGUUCCGCGUAAGGCGUGGCGAGGUUUUGGAUGGCGAUGGCGAUGGCGAUGGCAAAGACGACGACAAAAGCAACGACAAAGACAAAGACCAUGACAAUGAUAACGACGAUGAUAGUGACGAUGAUAGUGACAAAGACAAUAACAAAGACAAUAACAAAGAUGACAACAAAGACAACAGCGACGACAAAGACAAUGAUAAUGGCGAUGAUAGUGACCGACAAAGACAAAGACCAUGACAAUGAUAACGACGAUGAUAGUGACGAUGAUAGUGACAAAGACAAUAACAAAGACAAUAACAAAGAUGACAACAAAGACAACAGCGACGACAAAGACAAUGAUAAUGGCGAUGGCGAUUCUGGCCUCGAUGGCGAUUCUUGCAUCGACGGAAGCAGCCUCGGCACAACCAACGAAUCGCAGAGCCUCCACGAGCACCAGCCUCCCACCGGUUUCCCCGAGGUGAUAUUUGUCAUGAUCCAGUCGAUGACCAACGACGGCCGGGACCUGAGCAUCGACUACAAGCUGUCGGGCCCCUUCUUCCGGGACGUCCCGACCGUGUCGUCUACCUACGACGAGAUCUUUUUCCCGGCCCCCCUCGCGCCCGACCCCCACACCGGGAGGGGGGACAUUGUGGUCCCCAAGACGGCCUGCAGCGCCUUUUGCACCACGAACCUCGACGUCCUGCUCCGGAGGCUCUUUGUGGAGCAGCUGGUGGUCUGCGGCCAGCUCACGGACCAGUGCGUGGAGUCGGCCGUCCGGGACGCCGCCGACCUGGGUUACCUGGUCACGGUGGCGGAAGAUGCGUGCGCGGCGCACAGCGAGAAGGAGCACUACAAGGGGCUCUUUGGGAUGAACGGCUUUUGCCGGAUUCUGACGACCCGGGACGUGGUCCGGGAACUCGAGCGCGGGGACGGGUAGGAGCCGGCAGGUCCGCACGGAGGGAGGGAACGAAUCGAGCGAACAAACGAACGAAUCCGCCGGGAAGGGAGUACGCAGCCCCACAGCGGAGGCGGACAAGGUUUGGCUCCGAUGCUCUCCGCCAGAGUUAUGACCCGAUGGGUAGCUAGGAAGACUACCAGUGUUUCUGCCUUGUCGCAGAGAAAAGUGCAAAGCUACCCAUGAACUGUCGAAGCCGGGGCCGGGCCACGGUGCAUGGAUUCACAAGUACUAUCGUCUCUGCACACCCCAGCCGGAUCUUUCAAUCCUGCCAAAACUUCUGUGUGUGGAAGGGUUUCCAUAGAGAGAUCGAUGCGUGCAUUCGUUUCGACUGCUACAGUAACAAAUCAAAGACAAAGUCGAUUUCGGCUUGGGUCUAUCAGGCUGACGAGCACAGCCCAGAUCUGCCCACUGGGAGCAAACCAUCGUGACGACACAAGAAGUCCUACUAGUGGUAAACCACCACUGCUAUAAUGUUGUUGUAGUCAUGUUUGCUAGCUACUAAUAUUACUGUCUAAUACUACCAAGCAUUUGCUGUGCGUGAGGACUUGUUGAUUUCCAUAGUAGUAAAUGAAACUCAGUAUAACAAGAAGCAACAGCUACCACAUUUCUGUUGGCGGCCUUCGAAAUACUGUUUGUCUGGGGUGAAAAGUAGUGUAAGAAGAGUAACUUUCUCUCUAUUGAUCUCCUGCCCCUUCUCGCUAUUUUGUUGAGAAACUAAUUUCAAGAAAAAUACUGUUGCAACUUUUCUACUCCAUUCAUGUUUCGAUUUCUUGCGGGACUAAUGCAUUGUUUUACAGCUUUUCUGCUUCGAAUUUCAAAUUAUUUCAAAACCUCCCGUGUCUUCGAACAUCGACCAAUAUAACUCACGAUCCCAACCUGAACAUACUUGGACCAAAAACACCCACGACGCAGAGAUCCCCUUUUCAAGUACAACAUGCCCUCCGACAGCAACUACUCCGCGGUGGCGAGAUACACCCGCCAGCCCCUCUCGAAGGCCGCGAGGCCGGUGGCCCUUCACGUGGUGGACGAGAGCUGGGCUUCCGACACGCUGAGCGACGACGAGGUCGAGAUCACGCGCCACGAAGCGGCGGUUGCCCCCCUGCUGGAGGAAGGCGAGCUCGACGCGGACGCCAUUGUCGUUUCGUCGACGGGGAAUUCCGCCUCGGCCGCAAACAACGGUAAGUCUGUCGAGAACAACAACAACAACAACAACAAGCAGAAACCUCCCGCGUGCGCCGAUCUUUUUGGUCGAUUCCCGGGCCAAAAGAGGGUCAAAAGAAAAUCUCACGGACGCUUCCUUUGUUUUCGAAAAUAUGUGAUACACAAAACAGCGGCAGAGAGACGAAGAAGAGAGGAAGGCUGGAAUGACCUGGGACUGGAUCAGAUUGACGCAAAUGGAGUGGGUGUUAGUACCUCUGUACCUUCCCGAAUGUCUACGCAACAAGAAGGAUAAAUCUCAUAUAUGUUGCGGCCUCUCAUUGUUCACUUGUUUACACAAAGUGUUGAACAGCUAUGCACGAUCUGCUUCGAAUUGCUUGGCUUUCCGCUCUAUUUUGCCUACUCCUCAAUGGCUUUGCCAUGCACCUAACAAUUUAAACGAGAAACAAAAUGGCAUUUCUGUGAUGCCUCUCUAGGCGAGCGGCGACCAGGAUAAUACAAUGUGCUAAUUUAU